CGAGAUAUACGAAGUGUUGGUCGAUCAUUUGCCGGCACGCCCUAACCCAAAGUGGAAGGAAGGUAAGGUCCCCUGCUUUGUCCGCAUGCAUCUCUUCGCCGGAAAGGGGAAGGUCGCUACGAUAGGGAAGUGACGCGAUGGACCUUGGGGCGUAGGCGUGUCGGGGAGAUAAGCUGCAGUAGGUAGGUAGGUAAAACCGACCCUGGGCAAUCAUUUUCUACUAGGGAAGCUCAAGUUCCUCCCUACCCAACGUCGUAUCGUAGCUAAACCAACAAGGGAGAGAAGCGGGCAAGUUAUAAAUAAUGGGCGACCUACCUCGUCGUAUCUGGGUGGUGGUCCUCGGGGCUUGUUGCUUGCUUCGCUUUGUUUCGUAGGCCGCUUGUUGUUGGAACCGUCGUCGAGAUGAAAUCUUUCGCAGCCCUUGCCCAGCUCCUGCUGGUGGCUGGCAGUGCCUCUGCCAGGUACAUGAGAAACCAGGCCGGCAUGCAAGUUGGCCCAAUUGACGAGUUAAGCAUCAUGCGAGCUGACAGCAGCACGGCCGGUUGGGGCACUUUUGAGCAGCUGAUUGAUCAUUCCAAUCCCGCGCUCGGCACAUUUUCGCAGAGAUAUUGGUACGGGUCGCAGUAUUGGAAGGGACCUGGCUCGCCAGUUGUCUUCGUCAACCCUGGAGAGCAGGCUGCGGAUGGGUUCAAUGUGUCGUACACCACAAACCAGAGAUUGACGGGGCUCAUGGCGGAGAAACUAGGAGCGGCCGUGGUAAUCAUGGAGCACCGAUACUGGGGCAAAUCGUCGCCUUUUGAUGUCUUAAGCGUUGCGAAUCUUACAUACCUCACCCUCGAGAACUCCAUCAAGGAUAACACCUACUUCGCCAACAACUUCAAAGCGCCGUUCGACCCUACGGGCAAGAGCACCGCAAAAGACGCGCCGUGGGUUUACACGGGAGGAUCCUACCCGGGCGCGCUAGCCGGGUGGAUCGCAGCCAAAGACCCGGGCACAUUCUGGGCGUACUACGGGACCAGCGGCGUCGUCGAAGCCAUCGGGGACUUCUGGCAAUACUUCGUCCCCGUGCAAGAAGCGACGCCACGAAACUGCAGCGCGGACCUGAACACCGUGAUCAACUACAUCGACUUCGUGCUCCUGCACGGCAACCCGCGGGAGAAGGCGAAGCUGAAGGGGAAGUUCCAGCUCGGCAACCUGCAGGACGCCGACUUCGCCGCCGCGCUCGAGAACGGGCCCUGGACGUGGCAGUCGGGCCAGUUCUACUCCACCACCAACCUCGGGUACACGCCCUACUACCAGUUCUGCGACUACGUCGAGAACGUGUGGCCGAACUCGACCAACGCCGUGCCGGGGCCCAAGGGCGUGGGUCUCACCAAGGCGCUCGACGGCUACGCCAAGUGGUUCUUGGAGGUCGCGCUGCCGGGCUACUGCGAAGGGUACGGGUACUUCGAGGGAGCCAACAACACGGACUGCUUCCAGUCGCUGAACGCGUCGAACCCGAUCUACCACGACCUGUCGCCCGACAACGCCGGCAACCGGCAGUGGAACUGGAUGCUGUGCAACGAGCCCUUCGAGUACUGGCAAGACGGCGCGCCGCGCGACCGCCCCACGCUCGUCUCGCGCCUCGUCAACAAGGCCUACUGGCGCUCGCAGUGCCCGCUCUGGUUCCCGGAGCCGGAGUACGGGAUCGCCAAAGGAAAAUCCGCCGCCGAUGUGAACGCGUACACGGGCGGCUGGCGCGAGACCAACGUCACCCGCCUCAUGAUGGCCAACGGCCAGUGGGACCCGUGGCGCGACUCGACGCUGAGCUCCAUCUUCCGCCCGGGCGGCCCCCAGCAGAGCACCCCCGAGUUCCCGAUUCGCGUCGUGCCGGAGGGCACUCAUUGCUCGGACCUGUACGGCCCGAACUGGAAGGUCAAUCCUGGCGUUAAGGCUAUUGCUGACGAGCAGGUUGAAAACAUGGCUACGUGGGUGCAGGAGUUUUAUGAUCAGUGAUUAUGAUGUGAUUUAGGUACUAGGAUGGAGCAGAAUUACAUAUAUCGCGCACAUAAUAUGAUGUAGCCAGGAUGGGUAUGAUAUAGCAUGAGUUCGGAUAUUUAGAGUACCUUUGUAAUGUUUAUAUCACAUUAUUUCUAUGA